GCGGGCGGAUUAGUAGUCGACUCCAUUUCGCUUCCCAUUCCAUUCCCCUUCGCCCCGGCUUCCCCCAUCCCAUCCCCUUCCCCUCCCCAGUUGGAAGAGCCGGCUCUCGCUCCCUCCCGAUCCAGCCAGCAGGCAGCCGGGGAUGGCGGCGGCGCCGCCGGACGGGCAGGAGAAGGUGAUCGCGGCGGCGCAGCACAUCGUCAAGUCUCUCGCCAGCUCCAAGAACGCCGCAGACGACAUGAUCCGCAUCCUCUCGGGCUUCGACAACCGCCUCUCCCUCAUGUCCGACCUCUUCCCCCCGCCCCCUGGCGCAGCCGCAGCCGAUUCCAUCCUCGAGGAGGACGAGGGGACCUCCCAGGGGGACGGGCAUGAGGAGGACGAGCCCGACCCCGACGACGACGCCGCGGCGCGGGCCGAGGAGGAGUGGGACGCCGCGGCCGAGGUGAUCGAGCGCUGGGAGUCCCCGGACGCCGGAGACAGGAUGGUGUUCGGCUCGCGGGAGGAUGCCGAGGAGUACCUCGCCGCGGCCGCCUGCCUCGCGGGCGCGCCCGGCCCGCGCGCCGAGGCCGCGCUGCAGGCCGCGAUGGCGCGGCUCGAGGACGAGUUCCGCCACCUGCUCAUCCGCGGGGGUUCGCCGCUCGCCGCCGAGGACCUGCAGGCGUCCCUCCUCCGCCGGCUCUCGCUCACGGUACCCUCCUUCAACUCCUCCGCCGUAGACCUAGAUUGCCCCUCCUUCGCCAUCCACGCCGGCGAGGGCGGAGACGAGUCUGGCGGCAGGAGCUCGGUCUCCGAUGACGAGAUCUCGCCCUACCUCAUCGCUCCGGACACCGUCGGCGCCCUCAGGGACAUCGCGGACGUCAUGCUGCGCGCGGGCUACGCGCCCGAGCUGUGCCAGGUCUACGGGGAGGUGCGCCGGGACACGCUCAUGGAGUGCCUCGCCGUGCUUGGGGUCGACAAGAUGAGCCUGGAAGAGGUGCAGCGGGUGGAGUGGGGCGUGCUUGACGGCAAGAUGAAGAAAUGGAUCCAGGCGCUCAAGGUCGUCAUCCGAGGCCUUCUUGCUGAGGAGCGCCGCAUCUGCAACCAGAUCCUUGCGGCCGACCCAAACGCUGAGGAGGAGUGCUUCACUGAGGCGGCCAAGGGGUGCGUCCUGCAGCUGCUCAACUUUGGUGAUGCUAUUGCAAUUGGGAAGAGAUCAUCAGAGAAGCUAUUCCGCAUCCUUGGAAUGUAUGAAGCGUUAGCUGAGGUGCUACCAGAGCUCGAGGGUUUGUUCUCGGGUGAGGCCAAGGAUUUCAUCAAGGAAGAGGCUGUGGGGAUACUUGUACGGCUUGGAGAUGCAGUGCGUGGUACGAUUGCUGAGUUUGCCAGUGCCAUACAGGGAGAGACUUCUCGGAGACCGCUGCCCGGUGGGGAGAUCCACCCCCUCACACGUUAUGUUAUGAACUAUGUACGGCUUCUUGCAGAUUACAAUGCCUCGCUGAAUCAACUUCUUGAGUAUUGGGACACUGAGCUGAAUGGGGGCGAUAAUCCAAACAUGACUCCGUUGGGGCAUUGCGUGCUCAUGCUGAUCACACACCUACAGAGCAAGAUUGAUGAGAAAUCGAGGCUGUAUGAGGAUGAGGCACUGCAGAACAUAUUUUUGAUGAACAAUCUGCUGUACAUUGUGCAGAAGGUGAAGGAUUCAGAGUUGAAGACAUUGCUUGGUGAUAACUGGAUUCGCAAACGCCGUGGUCAGAUAAGGCAAUACUCUACAGGGUAUCUCCGGUCAUCGUGGGCUAAGGUGUUAGCUUGCCUGAGAGAUGAUGGGUUGCCACAGACAAUGGGUUCGUCAAGUGCACUCAAGGCUGCACUGAAGGAUAGAUUCAAGAACUUCAACUUGGCUUUCGAGGAUUUGUACAGGACACAGACAUCAUGGAGGGUCGUAGAUCCUCAGUUAAGGGAAGAAUUGAAGAUUUCCAUCUCGGAGAAGGUUCUUCCCGCAUACCGUUCGUUUGUUGGGAGAUUUCGGGGCCAACUAGAGGGAGGGAGGGGUUCUGCAAGGUAUAUAAAGUACAACCCUGAGGAUUUGGAGAACCAGGUCUCAGAUUUCUUUGAAGGGAAAAAGCCAAAUGCUUGAUGGUCAAGGGAUGUUCAUAUCAAUGGUGCAACCUCCUUUCUAUGUUCAGGGAUGUCUAUAUCAAUGGUGCAACCUCCAAGUUCCAUGCAGAUUUUGAUGAUGCUAGUUCCAAACCCCGUCCAAAUUUUAUUGGCACUACUGUACAGGGAACUUGACCUUCCAAACAUCUUUUGAAGGUCUGAAGAUGGAAGCAUAAACUUUUCCUGACUGACAGAAAUGGUGUGAACUGCAAAGCAACCAAAAUUGAAUGAUUUAGCUUGUCAUCCUUGAUCCUGCCAAGGUGAGUGAUGACAUUAUUGAGGCUUGCACAUGGAAUUAUGACAACUGAAUCUGUCAUGAGCUGUGUAAUCCCAAUUCUUACAUUUUGCCCUUCUUUUGUUGAUUGUAACAUCUCGUAACUAUUGUUUGACUUCAAAGAAUGUUGGUGCUUGGCAUUUUUAUGUACAAUUAUACUAGCAGUUAUGUCCACAUUUAACUUGUUGCAACCAUUCUUAUGUUCA